AUGGCCGGUGCCACAAAUUGGCUUACGUUUUCGUUGACUCCCGUGGAAAUGCUCAGAUCCCCCGACUCUUCCCCUCACUGCAUCCUCGAUAACUUUUAUGCCACCAAUGGUAACGCCUCUUCGCUAAACCCCUCUCCUGUUAUGUUUUACUCAAUACCCUUUUGGAAUUGGUGGACAAGUUCCAAGGUUUUGAUGGAUUCUGAGAGUGGAAACCAACCACUCGUGGUGCCGAAAGUGGAAGAUUUUUUUGAGAACCAAACGGAGACGCAACAAGACGAUUCUUCGCUGACCCAAAUUUACGACCAUGACUCUGCCUCUGUUUACUUCGGCGACCAACAGGAUCUGAACGCCAUUCCCGGGUUUAAAGCGUUCUCUGCGACCAACUCCGGCUCCGAGUUGGAUGACUCAGCCUCGGACAAGACCACUCGGGUUGCACCUGUUGAGUUAGGGGCUCACUCGAGCGAGUCUUGCAAAGGUGCUUUGUCUUUAUGUGAUGCUGUUGCACAUGACAAGGCCAAAGUUGCGGUGGACUUUGAUACGCCGAAGAAGGUUGCUCAUACCUUCGGCCAGCGAACUUCAAUAUACAGAGGAAAGCUGGGUUUGACCACAACAUCAUUUCUCACUCUCUAUAUUGAAAUUUGCACUUACAUGAAUGUGGAGGGGAGUCCCAUGUUGGCUGAAAGGUUGUUCACAGUGUGUCCGGUUAAAUUUGAUUUUUUCUUGGCUUUUUCUUUGCAUGGAAUGUGGCAUUGUGCACUUCAUGACUGUGUCAUCCGUCCUUUGACUGUUCCUACAGUGUACUUGGGUGGAUAUGACAAAGAAGAAAAGGCUGCAAGAGCUUAUGAUUUAGCAGCUAUCAAGUACUGGGGACCAACAGCAACCACUAACUUUCCUUUGAUACUAGUUAAACUCAAAUUUGGUCUCCCUUGGUCUCAAAGAAAACAUGCAUUCGUUAGCAUCCGAAAAGUGGAGGCUAAGGUUCUAAAGAGUCUCAAUGAAGUUGAGCAGAUUUGCAAUUAUACAAAGGAAGUGGAGGAGAUGAAACAUACAGGAAAGCAAGAAUUUAUUGCAUCACUGCGAAGGAAAAGUAGUGGAUUUUCACGGGGAGCCUCCGCAUACAGAGGUGUUACGAGGCAUCAUCAACAGGGUAGAUGGCAAGCGAGAAUUGGCCGAGUUGCGGGAAACAAGGAUCUAUACCUGGGAACAUUUGGCAAGUUCAUAGAAUAUCUUGCUUUAAGACUGUGUUUGGACAUGUUUAAUGGAUUACCAACUGAAGAGGAAGCAGCUGAGGCAUAUGAUAUUGCAGCCAUAAAGUUCAGAGGUGCAAGCGCUGUAACCAAUUUUGAGAUGAGCAGAUAUGAUGUGGAGAAUAUAUUGAAUAGCUCUCUUCCAGUUGGUGGGGUAGCAAAACGCUUGAAGCUUUCCCCGGAAUUGGAGAACAAAGCUCUUGUUGGUAGUACUAAUGAACAACCUCAGCGCACAAACGAGAGUAGUACCAUCAAUUUCUCGGCCAUUCAGCCAGUUGCAUCCAUGCCAUAUGAUUCUGUAAACACGGGUUACCCUCACAACCUCUUCCACCAUUUCCAUCCUUCCAACAGUGGAAGUAGCACAGCUCAUGAGUCUGCUGCAAUGACCAAUGCAACUGCACUGACCAUCCUUCCACCACCACCACCAGCAGUUCCUGGAGUAUCAAAUAAAAAGAUAUAUGUUUAA